AUGAGUUUCUUUAUGAUGCAGAAAUUCCAUAAAUUAAUUCUGUUUAUAUGGCUCGUAUCUGUUCUAACCUUAUCUAUCAGUGAUGAAAUUAAAACAGAUGGUGAUACGACUUUAACGUUAAUGUUAAAUGCAAGCUUUACUGAUGGAGAUUCCAAAACUGAACAUCGAACUUUAUCUUCGCCAAUUCAAUUUACAUCUGAAUCUGUUAAUUCUGCUAAAACCCAAAACAAAAAUGUUGCCACCCCUUUAGUUGCAGGAGAAGGUGGCCCAAUUUCAAUUAUUUCUACUACCGAACCAACAUUUUCUACUAAUUCACAUAAAUAUAUAACAAAUGCUACAGACAGUUUAGAUGUACGAGUUAAUGUAUCAACAGAAGAUGAUAAUGUUCCUUAUGUAAAAAGUAAAAAAACCACUUCUAAAAUUGUAUCAAGGAAAGGAGCAAAUUCUUCCAUUGAAACUAUAUCAUCCAAUGAUACGAAGACAAUAAUUAAAUCUUUAACAACAACAAAUGUUCAUAAUAUUGGAAAGAUUGAUACAAACAUGAAUGAAUUAAAAUCAAAUAUUACUGAGAAGCAUACAAAUGUUGUUUCAAAUACUACUGUAAAUAGUACUUUGCAGGUUACAAAUGUGAUACAGCAGAAACUACCAAGUGCAGCUGUAAUAAAUAAUGCAUCGUCAGUCCGAGAACAUAAACAUAAACCAACUAGAACACAGGCAGAUUCUUAUAGUGAUAAGCAAGCAUUUAUAGAUCAUGCUAACUCAUACUACUCAGGUUCACGCUUAGGAAUGCCAAAGAAAAUUGAUUAUGUUUUACCAGUUAUUGUUACUCUUAUAGCUUUGCCAGUUUUGGGUGGUAUUAUUUUCAUGAUAUACAAACAAGGUAGAGAUUGUUGGGAUAAAAGACACUAUCGGAGAAUGGAUUUCCUUAUUGAUGGGAUGUAUAACGAUUAAUAUCAACAAAUAUCAUUCAAAAAGUGGGAUCCUAAUGCUAGUUUCAUAUAUGCAAUAUAUAACAAUUGAAUAUACUAUUCUGCCAUUAUUGCUGCAAUGAACAUAUAUAUAUUCCAUAUACAAAUACUUAUAAAUUUUUUGGUUUACUAUAACUUGCUACAUAUAUUUUUAUUAUUUUACUGCCUUGAUAUGAGAUUUGUUAUUUUAUAUAUACUAUGUCAUGUAUGAAAUUUGAACAUUCAUCUUUGUAAAUUUGGAUAAAUGGUGCUUAGGAAAGACAAUAUGGAAAUAAUAACAAAUUUACAAUUAUAACAAUAGCAGUAUUUUAUGAUUUGUACAAAUAAAGUAGUUUCAAAGUUAAACUUUAA